AUGGUGAAUAUACAUAAUAUAGAAGACAAACUAGUUAUAGAAGACAUUUCCAGCACCCUGAAGGAAAGGGUGUUUUUUGCUGCCAGGGAUGGCAUGUCACUGACUCUGUAUGCCCUAUUGUACGAAAAACACAUUGACGACAUAGAAGAAAUCUUGAACAGCGAUGUAUGCUGUGAUGGUGUUAAGUGUACACCAUUGAUAGCGGCUGCAAGACAUGGCAGAGAAGGUGCUGUACGAAUACUGUUGGAGAAAUUCCGACCUCCAGUCAGAUUAGAAAUCGAGGGGACCGUUAAAUUUGACGAAUAUGUUAUUGAAGAAGAAAUUCUUUUGCCCAAAAAAGAAUUGAAUGACAUACGAAUUUUUUUGCAUUGCAUAGGAGCAACGGCUCUUUGGUGCGCGGCGGGUGCCGGUCAUCUGGGUAUCGUGAAGCGUUUGGUGCGUGCUGGUGCUAACGUGAAUCACGCCACCAAGACACUCAGCACGCCGCUCAGAGCCGCGUGCUUUGAUGGAAGACUCGACAUCGUGAAGUAUCUGGUGCGACACGGAGCCGAUAUACACAAGGCGAACAAAUAUAACAAUACGUGUCUCAUGAUAGCCGCUUACAAGGGACAUUUGGAUGUUGUUCAAUUCCUGUUGGACAGCGGCGCGCGUGUGGACGAGCGAGCUCUGUGUGGUGCCACAGCCUUGCACUUUGCUUCUGAGUGUGGCCACGCGGCCGUGGUCUGCGCUCUCAUUGACCACAACGCGAAAAUACUCACAAACGAACACGGUAUGACCCCCCUCCAGUGCGCGGCCGAGCGCGCCCGGGCCUCAGUGGUGGAGAUCCUAGCAGCCAGGCCCGAGGUCUCCCGGACACAAGCUAUAGACGCGUACGAGCUGCUCGGCGCAUCGUUCGCUAAUGACAAGGAGUACUACUGUUUGAGGAUGGCGUACCAGUACCUACAUAGAGCUAUGGCCAUGAGGUACGACACACGCUACGGAGUCAUACUCAAGAUACCCGCCGAGCCCAUACCCGCAUACGACAACUGGAGGGAGAGCACCACUAUGGCGGACAUAGAGCGUCUCCCGGGAAACCCCCACGCGCUGCACAUGGAGGGCCUCACAGUCCGCGAGCGGGUCCUGGGCCGCGCGUGCCCGGACCUGCCGCACCCGGUCGUGUUCCGCGGGGCCGUGUUCGCGGACGAGGCCCGCUUCGACCGCUGUCUCGCUCUGUGGAAGCACGCCCUCUCGCUCAGACAUCAGAACCAGGUGUCCGUAGUAAAGGACCUGCUGAGGUUCGCUCAAGUGUUCUCACAGAUGAUACACAUCGGGAUCGAGCUGCCGCUGUCACAGGUGUGUUUUGUUCUGGAGGCGUGCGCCGAGGAGUUGAGACGAGGUCUGAAGAGGAUUGAGAAACCGCUCCCCAAUCAUGAUCCUGACGCUUUGAUUGAGGAAUAUGAGAGCAACGUCCGCACCGCUCUGUACCUGGUGGCUGUCGCUGCGAAACUGUUGGAGGCUCCUGGCAACGAUGAGAGCACGUCGUCGUCUGUCCGUCGCGCCAUCUUCCAUCUCCGCGGCGCCCGCCUCAGAUCAGGUCAGACUCUGCUUCACCUGGCCGUGGACCGACGCACUCCUGUAGAUGACUUCCACACGAGCGACGUGUGCCAGUUCCCGUGUCCCGUGACCGCCCGCCUGCUCCUAGAGUGCGGGUCAGCGGUUGACGCGGCGGAUGACGCUCGCCGCACGCCGCUACACGUCGCACUCAUAUCAUACCAGCUCGUACCAGAUGAGCGUGGCCUAUCAGCGGCGGCUGUCCGCGGCGCCGUCCAGGAGCUUUUGAGCCACUCGGCGCACGUGGAUGCGGUAGACGCGGCCGGCAUCACGCCACUGGUAGCGGCCAUCGGAGGUCCCGCUGAGAGCCUAGUUCGUGCCGCGCUAAGUCCCCGCCUGUCGUGCUUGGCGGCCGCAGCCCUAGCACUCCACGGCCGUACCUACCGACCCUCGCAAGUACCCAGAGACCUGCACGCCUUCCUUCACAUGCACGGCGUCAACCCAGCUAAGUGA